AUGGGCGCCGACACUCCCAAAUCCCCUCCUCGCAGCGAGGAAGCGCAGAAGGCGCAGGAUGCUCAGGACGAAGAGCAAAUCGAGCGGACUCUCGCGACACUCCAGAAUGGCGGAGAAUUGGGCAUCACUAUUGAUGAUACCCCUUUCGACCAGUCUGGGAAGGCUGACGAUGCCCAAGACUUCGAGGAUAUUAGCGACGAUGAUCUUCCGGACGAGGAGGAAGGCAAUGUUGCCACUUCCAUGUCCGUUCCAGGUCUGACAGAUGACGGAGGUACGAGUAACGACACCGACGACUUGUUUGGCGAUGGACCAUCUUCUCCGAUCGAAGUUCCUGGUCCACCAUCACCAGCCCCUCACGUUCACGACCCCGACGACGCCGAUCCAUCACAAUACCGCGACAUCAACUUCGAUCCGGAACCUGGCUACGAAGCUGCCAACCAAGAUCCCGAGAUUCCUGCUCCAGCUGAGACUGCUGAAGAUUUGGUCAAGCAGGCCUGGCCGACUUGGGAGAAGGGUGUUAUUCUGAAAUGGAACGAACUCCUACCUCCCAAGAAGGCCCGAUGGAUCGAGAAGAAGCCCACCAAGAAGCCAAAGACCCUCAUCUUCUCCAAGCUCACUCUGGAUCUUGCCGCCGACCAAGAGAAGCUUUUCCGCAUUCCCGGACCCGCGACUGUGACUCGUAAGCAGAGACGCAUCGACGAUGAAUCCAGAGGGCUCAUGUCUUGCGCUCCGCAAGAGUCUUCGGACGAAGCUGAAGCUGAAGAAUUCAAUCUCGAGCAAGAAUCCGAUUCGGAAGCAGUGGCGGGUUUCACGCUCCAAGACAUUGAGAUGGUGUGCGAUGACUGGUCCAUCCGUAUCGAGCAGGCUGAGCAAGACUUCCGCGACCAACAAGCAAAGGAGGCUGCAGCCGAGGCAGCCGCCGCCGCUUCUGUCAAGCGUGCCCAUGAUGAUGCUUUUGACUUCGAUUGGGAGGCUGAGUUCAUGGAAGAUGAAGAGCCAAAGCCGCCACCAAAGAAAAAGACGCGCCCGCCACCGCCAAAGGGCUUGCCAGAAAUUCCUCGAUUCACCGCACCAUCAUUCGACUCAUUUGAGGAUGUGACUAAGCGCGCCUCCAAGCGUGUCAUUCUCGAUUUGAACGACCCAUAUCUUCUCCUGGAAGAAGCCGAAUCGCAACGUGGCCCUAAGCGUCAACGCGUGGAGCAGAAGAUGACGCGCAUGGCGAACGGUCACCUGAGACCUGACUUAUCAUCUCGCUUCAACAUGUCCAACGACGAUGCGUACGAGGCGCUCAAGGAGAACCAUCAACACAAGGUCAGAGCAACUCUGGGGAAUCUUGCCGUCGAGCACAGUAUGCCUGCGCUUAAACUGGCAUGGCCGUUCUACAAGGUCAAGCUGGAUAUUCGACGUGAUGGAUUCCACCGGCCUCAUUUCAAGUUUGGAAAGCAUGAGCGUCAACCGGUCAGGUUCAGCAAGUUGGGCUUCCAUAAGCGCAAGACUAUGAAGGGAAAGGCUCAUGAGGUCUUCAAAACCACCAAGGACUUGGGUAUAACGGAUAACUCGACCGCUGUGCUCUUUGAGUACUGUGAGAGAACGCCGCCCGUCCUUUCCAACUUUGGCAUGGGAAACCGUGUCAUUAACUACUACCGCAAAAAGAAGGUUGAUGACGAAGAGACGCCACCAAAGAUGGAAAUUGGUGAGUCGCACGUCCUCUUGCCCGAAGACAGAUCGCCUUUCGCCAUCUUUGGCGAGGUCGAAGUCGGACAAACCAUGCCUACUUUGCACAACCAAAUGUACCGGGCGCCCAUCUUCAAGCAUAAGCCGCGGUCUACAGACUUCCUCUGUGUCCGUAGCUCAACGGGCGUCGACGGAGCCAACUGGUACCUGCACAAAAUUGAUCAUCUUUACGUGGUUGGCCAGACUUUUCCUAGUGUUGAGGUCCCCGGCCCUCACUCUCGAAAGGUCACGAAUGCCUCGAAGAACAGAAUCAAGAUGAUUUCGUACCGCAUGAUGAGGCGGAACGAGCACCAUUUGGUAAACCUGUCAGAGGUGACGAAACAUAUUGCCGAGUCUACGGACGCUCAAAAUCGGCAAAAGCUCAAGGAGUUCCUCUCCUACGCCAAGGUUGAGAAAGGGCUCUGGGGCCUUAGGAACGGCGAGACUCUUAUGGAUGAGAACUCAAUACGAGCGAUGAUCAAGCCUGAAGACGUCUGCCUGAUUGAUGGUAUGCAGUUGGGUAUGCAGAUGCUGGAAGAUGCUGGUUUCGAUCCUAACAACGUUAACCUGGAGGACGACAACGAAGAGGUUGCCGAGGACGAGGACGACGAUCGCACGGGCGCAGGCACUGCCAAGGGUAGUAAAAAGGCUGCCGAGAAGAACGAAGAAAAACUGGCCGACAAGAUGGCGCCGUGGAAAACCAGCAAGGCCUUCAUCGAUGCAUGCGCUGGCAAGGCUAUGCUCAAGCUUCACGGACAAGGAGACCCGACUGGCCAUGGCCUUGGAUUCAGUUUUAUCAGAACUUCCAUGAAGGGCGGCUAUAUCGAGACUGUCCAGAAAGGUGGAUCCCAUACCACCGCAGCUGACGCCAUGGCAGCCCACCCUGACGCACAACGGAAGGCGAACAACGGCCAUGCUUACAACGUCAAGGAGCAAGAAGCCAUGUACAGAAAAGGCAUUCGCGAAAUUUGGGACAAGCAAAAAGACAGUCUGGAGGAUGGCACACAGAAGGACGAUGACCUCGUGGUCCCUUUGCCGCCAGACGAAGAUGACCGAUUCAACCCCCAACGAGCCCAGACUCCCGCCCAUGCCGACGAAGGGAUGAGUCAAAUUACCGGCCUGACGACAUCAACUAGCCGGAAUCAGCGAAAGAAACUCAAGAUUACCCGAGAAGUUCUCAAUGAUCAAGGUGCUGUCGAGCAAAAGGUCAUCAUCCUCGAAGACCCUGUGAUUAUAGACCGUUAUAUCAAGAGAAAGAAGGAGUUGGAGUUGGAGGAUUUCAAUAUCUACGAAGGACGACCGACUGGUGUCGCUGAUGACGACCGUCGUCGUCUGGUUGAGAUUGAUAAGGAGCUUGAACGGCUCAACCGAAACAAGCAGCGACGCAUCGGACGAGAGCAACAAAAAGGACUCCACCGUUCCAAGAGUGGACUCGACGCAGGAUCCCCUGAAGCAGACCGUGCUGCCACCGGUACAACCCGAAAUUCAGAUCUCCGGAGCAUGUUCAGACGUGGGGGAAACAAUCGCUGGGUUCUCAAGCGGGAGCUCCUGUUGAGGGCACGCCAGCGAAAAGCAGCCCCGCCAAAGCAAAGAGGCGACGGAAUUCAAAAGCACAGGAUACGCGACCGCUCGAAAGAAAAGGCCAAUAGGCGAGCAUCGUCCAAGGGACAGCCAAAACAGCCCCCCAAGCCAAAGACAAAGAAGUUCAAGUACAACAAGUACACUUCCAAGCCCUACUGGCACAACAGCAGUAUGAGCACUAGGGUCAUAUAA